AUGGCAACAAAUGCAGAAGAAAAGCAAAUGAGCAAUAAGGUUGAAAUGUUACUUGAUCCAGAAGAAGAGCGGUUUGUGCUGUUUCCCAUCAGGUACCACGAUGUAUGGGAAAUGUACAAGAAGGCAGUGAGCUCGUUCUGGACAGUGGAAGAAGUAGACCUUACAGGGGAUAUCAAGGACUGGAAUAAUCUGAAUGCAAAUGAAAGGCACUUUAUAUCACACAUCAUUGCGUUUUUUGCAGCAUCUGACGGAAUAGUGAAUCUAAAUCUUGUGGAAAGAUUCUCCAACGAGGUAAAGAUGCUUGAAGCAAGGCUUUUCUAUGGAUUCCAGGUGGCGAUAGAAAAUAUUCACAGUGAGAUGUACAGCUUAUUGAUUGACACGUAUAUCAGUGAUCCAACCGAAAAGGAGUUCCUGUUUGAUGCAAUAAAAACCAUUCCUGCAAUCAAGCUGAAAGCAGAGUGGGCAAUGAGGUGGAUAUCCGACAAGGACUCCACAUUUGCAACACGGCUUGUUGCGUUUGCAUGUGUUGAGGGAAUCUUCUUUUCUGGAGCAUUUGCAUCGAUAUUCUGGCUGAAGAAGAAAGGACUGAUGCCGGGCCUGACUUUUUCAAACGAGCUGAUCAGUAGGGAUGAAGGGCUGCACUGUGACUUUGCAUGCAUGCUGCGCACGUAUCUCAAUUCAAAAUGUAAAUGCAUUGCAGAUAUAGUGAAGGAGGCAGUGGACAUAGAAAAGACGUUUUUGGGAAACUGCUUGCCUGUGAGCUUGAUAGGAAUGAACUGCAACCUGAUGUGCGAGUAUAUAGAGUUUGUGGCAGAUAGGCUUCUUGUGAAUCUUGGAGAGCCAAAGAUAUACAACACAGCAAAUCCAUUUGACUUUAUGGAAAACAUCUCGCUUGUUGGAAAGACAAACUUCUUUGAUAAGCGCGAGUCACAGUAUCAAAAGGCAUUUGUUGGCAUACGAAACGGAAAUGACUCGUUCAGCAUUCAUUCUGAUUUUUAG